AUGCCAUCAGAGACAAACAUUACUCGGCUCAUCGAGUGCUCUUGUCUAUUGGGAGGUCGCAUUAUGUCAGUAGGUGAUGCAAUGGGUACAGCAGGUGACCUAUCAUUGUUUAGAGUUGCACUUCGAGAUGUGGAAGUAUGGCGAGGCGACCCUCCUGUAGAUGGAGUUGUUAUCAUGGCAGCAGACAAGAAGCCUGGUCUAGGCUCGGGGCAAUAUGCCUUACUGGGCGGAAAUCUCACGCCCUUACACGUCGCUGACAACACGCCGCUAUACACCGUUUACACCAUUUGCCAAAGUAUGGCAGAUAUACGUGAACUGGCAGCUACGAUCAACAAGGGAGUCCCCGGAUGGGUGACCGAGAAUGACAAGUUCAUAUCGCCAUUCAAGGCCCCCUUUCCUGGGCUUCAUUCAGGACCCCGAUGCGCUGUGACAGGUAGACCUGUGCUGCGUUUUUCCUCUAAUAUAAUACUUACUGUGACUAGAGUAAUCCCACCAACAGUUUUGGAGGCACGAAAUCCCCUAGGUGAUGGCGUGUUCUCUUUGCAGGUCCGAAAUGAGGGCAAUGUACAAGAAUUAAUCCCUCUACUCGUUAGCAGAGGCACCCUCCUCUGGGACCAGAGUGUAGUUUGUAUUAACCGGGGAACGUCUUAUAUCUUUCAAGAAUCUGUCCCUAAAGAUGUUCAGUUCCAUGUCUUGGGACAGGGGGAGUCUGUUACUGGAAACAUAAACACUUUGCAUCUUGUCAACUUUCCUUGGCCACAGAUGGACGAGCGCAUAUAUUUCACCUUUGCCUUGGGAACGCUUUGUGCGAGUUCAUUCUUUGACUUCUCACCGUGCUAUCACAAAGGGAUGAUCAAGGGUACUCCCAGGCACAAUGAUCUUACUCGCUGCUUCAGUCCUCCGUGA